ACUUGAAUAAAAUAAGUCCAGGUCUUUCCAUGGAUCCAAAAUUUCCUGGCAUCUUUUUCGAUUGCGGUCAAUUAUGCUGAGAACAUGAGUCCGAUCCAAGGCCCUCUGUUGCCGUUUCUCUACCCUUGCCUUCUCCGGUCCGCAGCGCCUUCAAUUCGGUCUCAAGCACCGCGGAUUCCUCCCAGUAUACGCAGACAUCUAAAUAACAGCAACCGGCGCGAACAAUCCUCACUUGCGGAGUCAAAUACUGCCAAACAGGCCGCCGCGCUUGAACCACCUCCUCCCAUCACUAGUAGUCGUCUGAAUCCUACACCGGAUGACUACGGCCGCAAUGUCUUUGUCGACAAGUGCACCCUGACCGUACAUGCUGGCACGGGAGGGAAUGGAUGUGUGUCUUUCCUUCGAGACGCGCACAUAUCUGAUGGACCACCCAAUGGGGGAGACGGAGGAUCGGGUGGUAAUAUAUGGAUUCAAGCUGUCGCUGGACAGACGAGUCUGCACAAACUGGCGAGGAGGGGGAUCAUAAAAGCACCACGAGGCAUUGGCGGACAGGGAAAGAGUCAGGGCGGUCGCAAAGGAGAAGACAUCUGCAUACAGGUGCCCGUGGGCACUGUCGUGCGAGAGAUAUGGCGCAGUGAUCCUGUGGCGGACGAGGAAGCAAGAUUGGAGGAACUGCGCGCCAUGUCCGACGAAGACCUGCCCUCGACGCCCGAUAAUGGUCUUCGCAACAAAUGGAUUCUUUACGCCGGUGUCACUCCAAACGAAGCAAAAGACGUCGCCGCACGUUUACCGGGCCCUGUAAAGCCCAGGAGAUCUCAUCUGGCGGUUCUUCAACCACGCGCACCGAUCAAUCUCGAUCUGGAUAAAGCGAUGGACAAGCCGAGGCUGUUGGCCGCUGGAGCUGUGGGCGGACUCGGAAACCCUCAUUUUGCGAGCAAAGAGGGUCCGAAACCCAAAUACGCAACCAAGGGCGAGUUGGGAGUCCGACUGAAACUGGAGCUGGAGCUCAAAUUGCUUGCGGAUGUUGGCCUUGUGGGACUACCCAACGCAGGCAAGAGCACAUUAACGAGGGCAAUCAGCAACUCUCGAACUAGGAUCGGGGAUUGGGCAUUCACGACUCUUGCCCCCACAAUCGGUACCGUGGUUCUCGACAACAACCAAGGCAGGCCUUUAGUGCGCUCUGGCAUCGAGGGCGGGCCACCGAGAGUCAAUUUCACGGUGGCCGAUAUCCCCGGCCUCAUCGAAGACGCUCACCUCGACAAAGGUCUUGGGCUCGAAUUUCUCCGUCACGUCGAACGCGCCAGAAUCCUCGCAUUCGUCAUCGAUCUCAGUGCCGGCGAUGCAGUAGUAGCGCUUCAAAACCUGUGGAAAGAAGUCGGCGAGUACGAAAACCUUCGCAAUAGGGAACUCAACGAACAGUCUCAGAGAGAACUCAUCGAUUGGAACCCCUUUGAAUCGCUAUCAUCCUCAUCGCCCGACGAUCAGCAAGUCUACGACGAUGCUGGUGAAAGCAUAGCUAUCUUCCCACCUCCUCCGAGCAGGAAUCUGGAACCACUAAAGCUCCCUCCCAUCAGUGCAAAACCAUGGUUCGUCAUCGCCACGAAAGCGGAUAAAGACGCCAGUGUCACACAGGGCGAGUUCACCAAACUCGCCGAGUAUAUUCGACAGGUCGAGGCCGGUACUAUCGCUCAUCCCAGCGGCAACCGGAACGGUUGGAGGAACCGCGUUGCUGCGCUUCCAGUGUCCGCAAUCAACAGUCAAGGUAUUGACAAGGUGAUUAGAUUCACGGCGGGCGUCCUGGACAGUUUGAUGGUCUCACGGUAGUUUUAGCGGUAGGCGAUUGUUCUUUGGUAUCACUUCAUAGUCAUAUAUAUCUAGUCGGAGCUCCUGCCACUGGUUCCCUCUGCGACAUCAAUGAGGGUUUGUACAUCUUUGUAAGGGACUCUCCUCUCCCACAUCAACAAAGGUCCCAGCUCCUUUGCGAGAGACUUCCAUCUGCAAGCUCAACAAGGCAAUCCGCAUUGUUGUGACCGGCG